GCCGGGCCGCCCGCACGCUGACGCUCUCCCGCUGGGAGGGCCCGGAGCGCCGCCGCGCCUCCCGAGGCUCCCGCUCCCGUCGCUGCGUGCGGAGCCCGGCGGCCCGAGGAGCCCGGCCCAGCAACCAUGGCCCAUUACAAGGCCGAGCAGGACGACUGGCUGAUUGUCUACCUGAAGUAUUUACUCUUCGUCUUUAACUUCUUCUUCUGGGUGGGCGGGGCCGCCGUCAUGGCCGUGGGCGUCUGGACCCUGGUGGAGAAGAGCGGCUACCUCAGUGUCCUGGCCUCCAGCACCUUCGCCGCGUCCGCCUACAUCCUCAUCUUCGCAGGGGCCCUUGUCAUGGUGACGGGCUUCCUGGGCUUCGGCGCCAUCAUCCGGGAGGACAGGAGCUGCCUCUCCACGUAUUUCUGCCUGUUGCUGGUGAUCUUCCUGGUUGAGCUGGUGGCAGGGGUCCUGGCCCACAUGUACUACCAGAGGCUCAGUGAUGAACUGAAGCAGCACCUGAGCCGGACUCUGGCUGAGAACUACAGGCAGCCCGGGGCCUCCGACCUCACAACGUCAGUAGACCGUCUCCAGCAGGAUUUCAAGUGCUGUGGGAGUAACAGCUCCGCCGACUGGCAGCACAGUGCCUACAUCCUGUCUCGGGAGGCCGAGGGCCGCCGGGUGCCCGACAGCUGCUGCAAGACGGUGGUGGCACGCUGUGGCCAACGGGCCCACCCCUCCAACAUCUACAAGGUGGAGGGAGGCUGCAUCACCAAGCUGGAGCAGUUCCUGGCUGACCACCUGCUGCUCAUGGGGGCGGUGGGCAUCGGAGUGGCCUGUCUGCAGAUCUGCGGGAUGGUUCUCACCUGCUGCUUGCACCGGAGGCUCCAGCUGCAUUUUUACUAAUGGCCAACUGCGUCCCCCUCCAACAGCCCCUCACAAGGACAGGUGCCCAGAUCCCAUCUUCCAGGCCUGCAGAGUCAGCCCCAGCUUGCCUAGAAACUCCCAGAAACUGCCCCUACUCUGUGCCCAGCCCCUUCAGGCCCGCCAGGUGCCCAAGACCCUGACUCCUGUGGUUCCCACCCAGGCCGGGGGCCCUCAGCCCCCUCCCUCCACUUCCAAGUGCUCAGUGCCAGGAUCCCCGAGCAGGGGACCCAUCCGCCAGCACCCCUCACCAGCAGUGGGGGGCCCGUGGACUGCAGGAGGGUGACAAUCAGACCCUCUGCUCCCUCCCAGCUUCGGAAACGAAAAUGAAGGUCUGAAGACCCCAGCCCCUCUGGGACUCCUCCUUGCAUUGGGCCCGUGAGCUCCCCAUUGGUGCUGAGCACCCCUCCUCUUGUUCUGCUUGGUGUCCUUUUCUCUCCCCACUGGGAGAUACUUAGGGUGGGGCAGUUAGGGUCAGCUCUGCCCCCAGAAGACCCAGUCCUUUGAUGUGCCCACCCCCACACCUUCUCACCUGGAAGGGAGUGUCCUUGAUGGCCUGGUUCCUUCCCUCAGGGCCCGGCAGUGGAGAGGUCUGGGGUGAGGACCCUGGAGCUGGGGUUGGGCAGUGGUGGGCUCGUGGCACUGCCAGGGAGGGGACCAAGGCAGGUAAGGUGGCCACCACACCGCAUGCUGCCCCAGGACCCUGUGCACUGCCCAGAAGCCAUCCCUGGGGAGAGGUCCCCCAGGAGACCAUGGCCUUGAGCCCCAGUCCGCAGUUAAUAGGCCCCUCAGGGAUCUCCUCUCUAUGGCCUGAUUCUCAGGAGUGCCAGGUUUUUAAAAUGAUCUCCAGCUCUUAAUGUUGGUGGGAGUGAAAACCCCUUCCUGAUUAGGCCAUAUCACAGACCCUGCAAAGCUGGAGCCAUGGAGAAGGUGCAGCUCUGAGUAGAGGGGUGCUCUGUCCUGAAACCCGUUUUUCCUGGGCCCACAGUCCCUGACCACAUGGCCACCACUGAGCCGCCUCCAGGAGCCCUCGCUCCGCUUCCCAGAGUGAAUACAGUCCCUUUCUUUGGUUCUCCCUUGCUUCUCUGAAUCAGGCAGGGGAUUUUUCAGGAAGAACUUUCUCAAAUACUAAGGGAGAACGGAACAAAAAGAAAACCCUGGAAAAUGCAGAGUACAGACUCUGGCGGUUUUCCAAAGAACAAGUGUUAACCUGGAAGUCAGCCACAGGGACCCCCUGCCCCCCAAGUAGCUGUUCCAAGUGGGUAGCCCGGAGCCAGAGAAAUCCACACCCGGCUCCCGUACCUUCCAGGUCCCGUGCUGCCCUGCUGGGGACCCUCUUACACCCCACCAUGAGAGGGUGGCCCCUUGUUGAUAAGAUCAAGCCAAGAAAGGCCACACCUUGCCUCCCAACUCAUUCCAGGCCCCAGUGUGAUGAGCGCAGCUCUUGGUAACCUGUGUCAGUCCUGGGUGAAGGGUGUUCUCUCCCACACACAGGUCACUGCUGCCCCCAAACAGCCCCCAACUGGACAGACACUGUGCCCCCUCAGAACACAGAUUACGCCCACGCGCAGAGGGAAGACCAGCUUCCCAGGGCAGGUGGCCUCCCCGACCAAGGGGGUCCUCCAGGGGCUACCGGAACCCCGGCUGGCUUAUCCGCUCUACCCUCAGGGCCCUGGGGUUGCUGAUGCAGACUCAUUAACAGGGAGACCAGCUUUCCAGCAAUCCUGGACUGCACCAAGGCCGGAAGAAACGGUACUGGGACUAUCUUUGGUGCCCUCCAACUUCCUGGGAGUCAUGCAGACAAUCGAGAAAUGAUGGACCCCCAAGCUCUCUGCAGGGCUAGGCGGCAGACUGCUGGGUCUUACCAAGGGAGGGCUGAAGGAGAGCCGUGUUCUUCCUUGGAGGGGCCCGCGGGAGGCAGUGAUGCCCGGGGAGGGGCCGGGUCCUGUGGUACCUGCCAACCCCUGCUGGAGUCACCGCACUCUUGACUGAGGUCAGUGGGGCUUGUGGAGGUGGGACAGGGUGACCGGCCCCCGCGUGGGGUUAGGCCGCCCGGGUGGAGGGCGGGAUUAGCUGUGAUUCUACCCUGGGCACCGUCCCACCCCGACGGCUGCUGGAGGACGGAUGGUCCAAGCUGCAGAGACAGAAGGGCCCAGAGCUUUAGACAACGCUGAUCUGCUUGUUCGUGCCCACAGCCCGGGACGGGAGGCAGGGUUAGAGGGAACGGAGGCCCAGGAUAUACGGCGGGCUCCGGCUCGGGACACGCCGAAGGCGGGAGUCUGGAGCCCAGGAGGUGCCCGCCUGGCCUGAGAGGAUGCGGAUCUGCGCCCAGGGCGCUGCGUGGAGGCAGUGGUGCUCGCGCGUUCCUCGGGGAGAGGGAGAAGGGCGCGCAGGACUGUCGCACGCCGCCCGCAGCGGGUGUGUGAGCACACCGGGACCCAGAAAAGCCAGCAUUCUGUCGAGGUCGGGCCACGGCAGCUGCUGGAAGCCACAAGCCGGAGUCACCCAUCCUCGCCCUUCCCUCUGCCCGUGCGCUGGGGCAGCCACCCUGAGAGGGAUGGCCUGUCCCCACUCGGGAUGACCCGUUUUGUUCAUUUCACUCGUUCCUUUUCCUGGGGAAGCAGGAAUGAAACUCGGCCUUUGGUGAGGGGAUAAGGCUUGCUUAAAAUGUUCAUGACCUCUCCUUUCUUCUCCCUACCCCUCCCAACAGCCUUGCCCCAAGUCUAGGGGCCCCUCUGGCCUCGCCACAGGGGAGCGUCCAGGGCCUGGUGGUCACUGAGGGCCGACUGUGUGCUCAGAAUGUGUUAGUCCCCUAAGUGCUUUCUCUCAUAGCGAUCGCUGCAAGAAGGUACUAUUGUCCCACUCCACAGGCGACAAAAUUAAGGCUCAGAGCUGUUAAGAGAUUGGCCGGUCAGUGGCCGUGGCUGCUGUCCUGCACCCCGACCGGGUGGAAGCAAGGGGAGCUGGGAGCCCCCGCUGCUCGGCGUCCUCCGGCUCUCCAUCUGCGCAGUAAGCUGUCAGGCUGAUGUUCAGGAACAGCGUGGCCCUCGAGGGGCACUGUCCAAUAGCAGCGGCCUGGCCCCCCUUCCCAGAGCGGCUGGAACCAUCCAUCAGCCGCGGCGCCCGUGAGCCCUGCGCAUCUGCACCCAGCAGAGAGGCCUGGCUUCUUUCCCCCUGACAGCCAGGCGGUGUGGUGGCUCAGGCUGCAGGCAGGGGCCCCGGGGACCACCGCUCAGGGCAGGGGCCAGCCCAUCACCUCGGGUGCCAGCGCUGACACCGAGUGAGAGCAGACCAGACCUCAGCAAUGGGAACCCGAACACGGCGUGUGGAAUCUCAUGCCCCGGUGGAGAUCACAUCUGGGGGCACGCAGGGCUGGCGAGAGUGCGGGGAACCCCUCUCCUUGCCCCAUGUGGGGCCCAGGAGAAAAGUCUCAGGUCACAAGCACUCACAGCCACCCUGGGUGGGGAGGAGGCUCC